AAAUAGAGUUCUUGGUCAGUGCUUUUGCCUCACAGAAGCUGGAGAAGAAGAAGAGUAGCUAACUAGCUAGAGAAAAAUCAAAUUGAUUGAGAGAGUAAUUUAAGUAGAGAUGAAGAGGGGAUUAAGUUUAGCAGCAGUUCUGGUAGUGUUGUUGUUUGUGGGGGAGUGCGCCGCACAAGGCGGAGGCAGGCUGAGCCCUAGCCAGUGCGACAACGAGAAGAGGCUGCUGGUGUCCAGAUGCAGGCCUAUUAUUUUAGGGAAUAAGCCAUCCGCCGCCUGCUGCGCGCGGAUUAGACUGACUCACUUCGAGUGUGUCUGUCCCGUCGUCACCCCUAAGCUCGCUGCUCUCAUCGGAGUACAACGUGUACUUAAUAUCCUUCGAGGUUGUGGAAGAACUGUUCCUCGACACUUCGUUUGUGGAGCUAUAACGACUCCGUGAGGAAAAGAAGGGACUCGGUAAAACGACGUCGUGUGGUUUGUUUAAUAAUUAAUUAAGUCGCCAAAAUGUGUUGAGCAACUUAGUUUACUGUUUUGUCUUACUAAUCUAAGUUGGGUUUCCCCUUUCUCUUUUUCUUGGGUGUUUUUCUUUUAUUAAUAUUGAGAAAGCAGACAUGGCGGCGCUGAACUAAAUAGAAUUUUUUUUCCUUCUCAGAAGAGCAGACAAAUUUGGAAUGAUAUGUAAUAAAUGCUUCCGAUAAAUAAAAUGUAAAAGUUCCUUCUAAUUUA